AUGUUCCGGUGUCUUUUCUGGAUUUUAUUUUUGCUAGUCGUCACAGAAACAGCAAGAAUAGCAAACGGAACAUUAUCAGGAUUACGGCAAAAGCGAUGUUGGUCAUCCGGCAACGGUCAAUCAGCUCGCUGGUUCAGUCAUGAUGAACAGAUCAGCAAAGGGAAAUAUUGGUACAAAUGUGUUAAUGGUGUAUUGGAACCACGAGGUUGUUUUACGUCAACCAAUGAUAAACUAAAUAUUGGUGAUAAAUUUGUGGAAAACGGUUAUGAAAUAGAAUGUAUCCUAGAUAAAAGUGGAUAUUUACAGUUCGCAUUUACGGCAUGUGUCCCGAAACCGGAUGAACGGUAUAAGAUCGGUGAAACAUGGGAAGAUGAACAGCAUAUUUACUGGUUUGAGUGUAAAGCCGAUGGACCAUAUUUGAGAGUUGAAAUAAGAGGUUGCAUAACUCAUGACAAAUCACAUAGAAUUGAACUCAAUGAAAAGUACGAUUUCGAGGAAUACACAUAUCAGUGUCUGAAGAAAUACAAUGGAUCGGUACAAAUGUGUUCAGUAGGAUGUGUCCACAAAGGCGUGCGUUACAAAAUUGGUGACCAAUGGGCUGACGGCGAUUUCAUUUAUUACUGUAAAACAAAAAAUGGCCGCAGUCAAAAGAUCUGUGUGGGAUGUCAUUUCAAAAAUAAAUUGCUGUAUGAUGGAGAUCGUUAUCAUAAAGAUGACACGGUGUUUAUGUGUGAAGUACGACCGGAUAAGCAUAGACAUAAACCGGUUGGUUGUGUGGUACGCGAUACAAAGGGUGAAGCCGUAGAAAGAGUGGUUGGCUGCAGAUGGUACCAACAAACGAAAAAAUCAAAAGUGGAGCAGACAUGUGUUGUUGAAGACGAUAAAGCAGUAGUGAAAACAUUGGGAUGUAUUUUUGUUCACAAAGGAUACGAUACGUUAUUCCUGAAUCCUGGUACUUAUACUAUCUGGAAUAAGCAAGUUUAUGGCGUAUCAAUUGGAGUUAUUUGCAGGCAACCAAAAAAUGAUAGUCUGCCAAGCUUGGAAACAUUCAAAAUUGAGGAUAUUGUGAAGAAAGUAAACGGACUACGAUACGAUCAACCUCGAGGUUAA